GCAAUUACCUUGAUAUAUAAUGCGCGUCAUUUAGUUGUGUUAGUGGGAUAACGCUUUUUGACAAUGUUGUGGCAUAUUCUAUUUAUUCUGAACUUAAUACUAUCUUCAACUUUCUCACUUCUAGAAACGGAGAAGCUACCUCAUUUCGCUCUUCGUAGUUUCUUGUCUACAAACGAUAUCGUUUAUUUUAAUUUCCCCAUACCACAACACACAUUCGUUACCAAACUCUCAAUAUCCAUCACCUUUCAUGGUUGCAAUCCUGAAAACAUUAGUUUAACUCUUCGUUCAGGAUCUUUUCCUGUAGUCAGACCAUUCGGUGUCUCAGUACCAAAUGGUAUCUUGGAGCCUAUAAACUCUCAUUCGCUAAACAUACCGAUUAAGGAAUCAUUUAACUUGACGUUUACUUCGGAAGAUUGUGGGACUUACUCUCAAUUCCAUGUGAGGUCAAUUAAUCUUCGAAAUGCAGCAAACAUUGACAUAAAUAUUAAUGGGCCUGUUGUUGGCAUGUGGUAUAUCGGUGCUUACAUGACCACCUCUUUUCAGAAAGAAUGCAUAGCAUGGUUAUUACCAUCUGUCAGACACGACAUUUCUUAUAUUGAUGGACAUAUUUCAUACAAUUAUAAUGCUCAGUUAAGACACAAUCAGUCAAUUGUUCAUGAGAAACCAUUCAUUGCGGGCAUUCAUGAGCUUCCCAGUAGAACAAUAUUCGCUUCCCAUUCAGAAGAAAAAAUUUUCCAUCGGAAAAAACGACGCAAACCUUUUUAUCAUUCUUUGGUUCAUUCUACUGCAGACCAACCUAUGCACAGUUCUUUGAUACCUCCAAGUUCGUCAACAGAAUCAAACAGCAAUAAUCCAUACCAUAUAAGAAAUUUGUCAUUCUUGGUGUCACCAUUUGACUUGGAACUGGCUCCCAUGGAAGGCAGAUUAUAUUUAUUAGCCAUUAUGGAUGAGAUGACUAGUAUUGACGUAAUAUUAGAAGACUGUAGAAUUGUUACACCAAUAGCUCCAUCUCUUGGAAAUAUUUCUGUGUUCAAGCCUAGUAAUUCAACUUCAAAAGUUACAAGAAAAUCAUCUUUGCAUGAUAACUUGCCUAAUGAGAUUAUAUUUGAUUCUUCUGCUUGUCCAAUUAUUAUUGAUGGUAGUGUUGAAGCUUUACCAUCUAGUCUUUCUUAUCUACAUCAAUCUCAAGGAUUUAGAGCUUCAACAACAAAAAAACAUGACUAUGGGAUCGGUUUUUCACCGAAUGUUGGUUCACCGUCCUCAAACGCUUUCAAUUAUACUCAGGACUCAAGCAUUCAGAGGAUAUUCCGCUUACUAGGACUUCGAGGUUCUCAAAUAAAUCAUUAUUUAUACAUUCUUAACCAAGCUUCUCAUGUUGCUGUGUACUUACGACUGGUUAUAAUUCCUAAAUUUGGUUGUGCACUCAUGAAAAAUUCCAGAAAUUUCCAUCAUGACGAUUAUUUACAUCGACAGUCUAAAAAAUUAUCAUCACAAUUUUUAUCAAUUAAACAUGAAAAUAAAUCAUUUAAAGAUAAGAUCAAUUUUAACAGAACAACUAAUAAUAUAAAUUAUCAUUUUUUCUUAAGUAUAUCAUUAUUACCUUGGAUUAAUCCGGAUUGGCCAGAAUUAACACCAGAAUAUGGUGAAAAAAAAUGGUUAAAAACACAUUAUUCAACAAAUACACAACAAUUGAUUACAUCAAAUUUUGGAUUAUUUGAUUUUAAUCAUCCAGGAUAUCAUGAUUUACCAUUAUGUUAUAUAUGGCCUACUCCAACGCGUGUUCAUUUACCAAUGAAAUUUACUUAUCAUUUUACUUAUCAACCUGAUUUUGGUCGAUACGCCAGUCUACUUCAUUUAAAACCAUGGCAUAUUGUAGUCAUACCGAUAACAUUAAAUUCAGUAAUGGAUAUGUCAAGUGUUCUUGAGAUUGCUCUACAACUUAAUGCAUUAAAUGUUUCUUGGCAAUUCAAUGAAACAUACAGAGAGCCUUUACCACGUCAAAUUAUUCUACAUGGUUGUUUUGCUAGACAUUUGACCAAUACACCAAAAGGUUUUACAGAUAUUCAUCGAUGUCCUUUAUGGAUUCGUUUAGCUACAGAUCAUGGUUUAGCGGUAUCUGUAGCUCAUGCUAUUUCAUCUGCUGCUUCAAAAGUUUUCGCUUCUAGUCAGUCACCACGUCGAAGUGAACGACCACCCAAUCUUGAUACUUCUUUCAAUGAAAGUGUAGAUCGAAGUUUUUUAUUUUUUCCUUAUCCAACACCUGGACGCUGGUAUCUUAGUUUAUAUGCAGAAUGUUACACAGCAUAUGAUGCAUUUUGUGGAUUGGAUCAGUCAGCAGUUAUUGAUGUUUCACUAAUAAUACGUUCAACUCCAUGUAUAAAUAAUCAUUGUCGACAGAUCGGUGAAGGAGCUUCACUAGCUCCAUCUCGCCUCCUAUAUUCGAAUGAAUUAAAAGUAAAUACAUCACGUUCUAGAGAUGGUAGCCAACGCUGGCGUCCACCAUGGUGGUCAUUUGAUGGUAGCAAUAAAGAUAAUUCUAAUAAAGAAAAUUAUCAUUUCAAAUAUAAUAGUCCAUUUCAUUAUGUUCCAAAUAAAAAAAUUGGUAAAAUACCAGGUGAAGGUAUAUGUAUUAACCUUUUUCAAAGAUCAAUUCAUGUAUCGACAUGUGCUUGCCCUAUUGGCUAUGGUGGUCUAGGUUGUAUGCCAUUACCUAUAGAUUAUUUUAAAACUUUUGGACUCUAUCCAAACAGACAAAUAUUAUCAUAUGAUGCAUUGAUAUUGGCUUUGUCCAAUUUGGGUUUUAUACCAGCAAUUCUAUUGAGUGUUAUUCAUCGACUCUGGAUACCGGCAUUGGUUUAUGGAUAUACUUUUCUUUUUUCUACGCAAUCUGAAAUUAUUCAGCAUUUCACACUUAAAGAUAUUAUUCACUUAAGAACUAGCUUAUAUACUCACUGUUUGAGGUAUAUACUUCGUUCGAUACUGAGUUAUGAUUUAAAUGGUGAAUUGUUAGAUUUCUAACUCUAUAGAUUAUCCAUUAAACAGCAAACCUUACCUAACAUUGCCACCAGCAGCUAUCUGUUUCCAGUGAAUGUAACUCAGUCAACUAAUGAAACUUAUUGUAUUCAGCUUUGACACAGCAUUCUCUUUGUUAAUUUUAUUGUUACUACUCCCAUUGGUGAAAUAAAAUGAAAUCUAAUGAGUUUUGAACUUGCAGCUUAAUUGUUGAAAUUCAUAUGUUAUGACUACUAAGUUAUCGUUUUAACACCAACGUCAUUUAUCACUGAUGUUUUUUCUUGGUAUAAAUAAACUCUAUGAUCAUUAUUAGUAUACUGCCAGUUUUUGAUAAUCAAUAUUUUACUUCCUAUCUGUUCAUUACACUAUAAUCAACCAUUAUUGUUUCUUGUUAUAAGUUGCUAAUCACACUUUCUGUAUAGGAAAAAAAACAACUAGAUGAUUACGUGUAAGUUUCAAUUAAAUCUUUAUAUUGAAAUUUUCAUUGUAAUUAAAAUCACAAAUCGAUUCUUGUUCUUCUUUUACCAUCAUCCUAAAUAUGCUACUAGUUGUAUUAAAUAUAAAUUGUACAAUUUAUAUUUAAGAAUAAAAAAUAGGGGGAUAUUGUUUUUAUUAGCUGUAUUCAUAGGUUAUUUUCCUGUUAACUUGACGAGGUCUAUUACAAAAAGAGUAAAUCAGUCAGUUAGUCAAUCAUAAACAACGUAGAACCUAUCACAUAUAUGGUUAUCGGUCCAAGUUACAACACUGUAUUGGCAUAACAAAAUGAAACUAUCAAAACAAAUCCCAAAGUUGAUAAUAGUAUCAAUUGUUGUUGUAGAAAAGAUUAGACAUUGACAGUAUAAUUAAAGAAGAAAAAAUGAAUUCACAGAAUAGAAAAGUAUAAAAUAAUUGUGCAACUUAAGAUCUAACGAAAGACAAAGAGCGAUUGCAAUUGUGAUACUGCUACUGAUUCUAGAGGUUAUCUCUAAAUGCGUCCAACCAUUAGUUACAGAAAUCGUCAGGACUCCAACUAGGUUGUAUGUAGAUAUUUAUAGGGAUAGGAAGAUAUGAAGAUGUACUCAGAUGUCAAAGUUAUAUAUUUUCAUCCCAGUGAUAUUUGGAAAUAAAAAAUAUUGUUAUUAAUGUUUGAAAAUGGCUAUGUUUAGCUUAUUUAAUUAAUUUCUGUUAUAAGUUAUUAUCUAUGAAAUCAAUCAAGUUGGAGGUACUUUGAUCGUCAAUAAAUGACUACAAACGAGUAUUAGACCAUAUUAUACAUUCGUUGACGUUGAAAGUGUGAAUUAUUGGAUCACAAGCCAAAUUUUCGUGUUAUGCUUGUUGAAGGAUCUGAAUGUUCUGUGUUUGUUCAGUGUUCAACCUCAUUCGUGUGUAUUACUAUUGGGGAGUCUGUAACUAGAACAAACUAGCUGUUCUGUUCUCUAGUGACUUAUAAUAUCAAUUAAUUACUAUUACAUUGAUUUACAUGAUAAGUCAUUAAAAAUAAUUGGUAAUUAUGGUACAGAUAUAGUUUGACAGUUUAGGUCUCAGUCAUAUGGAAUUAUAACUGGUAAAACCACUCCUUUUAAUUAUUUAACUAUAUUCUCUUUAUGCAUGUAACACUUCAUCAAUUUAAGAACAUAAACAAGAAUUCGCACCGACCAACAUAAACUCAUUUUAUUUCGUUAGGUUCUUGUUAACUCCUUAAAAUGUGUAAGAUUUGAAAAUUAUAAUUACAAAGUAGGUUAGAAUUGCUUACACAAAUGACUUCAGUUAGAAGUUGUUUUGAAUACUCAACAGCAUAGUAUAACCAGAAUAUUAAUAAAUCUAAGAAACUAAAUAUAAAUAUCGCAAAUGUAUAUCAUAUUUAGAAAAUUCCAUGACAGUGAUAGCAAAGAAAGACUAAAGAGCUAGAAAUAAGUGGUUAUGCAAUAAACAAACGCUAAUAAGUAAAAUGAGUAAAGCUGCUUUACAUUUUAAGCAAAUAUGGAUAGUGG